AUGACUCUGUGCAAGAACAUGGGCCUGUGGCUCCGUCAAGCGAGGCGCUUCCGUUGCUUUAUAAGGCAGGGGAUCCACCGAGAAAGGCACACUCCUUCUCUGUCUACCGCCAUGGCUUCACUGAAGACGAUCGUAGCGCUCCUCUGCCUCGGGCUCGUUCUUGCAGAAGAGGAAGUCCGGGAAAAGCGUGGAUUUAUUGGCGGUAAUGGCGGCGGCUACGGAGGAGGCCACGGCGCAGGCGUGGGCGGGGGCUACAGCAGCGGCGGCGGAGGCUACCUGAUCGUCGGCGCCGGCAACGGGGGCGGCCACGGCCCCAGCGGCGCCGACGUCGCCAACGAGGCCGCCGCACAGGCCACGGCCGCCGCCGCCGGCCUCUCCGGCGCCGCCAACGCCGCCUACGGAGCAGCCGCCAGCCAGGCCGCUUCUGUGUCGUCGGCCGCCGCCCAGACUGCUCAGGCAGCGGCAGCAGGCAAGCAGGCGCAGGCCGCCCAGGUCACCGUGGCCCUGCAGGGUGCUCAGGCUGCCUCCUACGCCGAGGCUUCCCUCACGGCGCAGGCCGCGCAGGCCGAGCAGGAGGCCGAGAACACCUACAACCUGGCGGUGGCCACGCUCAACGACAUCAGCGCCGCCGAGAACGAGGCGCGGGCCGUCGUGGCGCAGACGGGGCAGGCGCUGCAGGCCGCCCGCCGCGUGCGCGCCUCGCAGGCCGCCAUGGCCUGGCAGGCGCAGCAGACCGCCAACGCCCUCGAGCAGCAGCAGACUCUGGCUCUCAAGGACCUGCAGUCGGCGCAGCAGGCGGCGGCCCAGGCCGAGGCUGCGGCGUCCAAGGCCCUGGCCAAGGCCAAGGGCAACAACCCCUACGGCUACGGACACUAAUUCUAAGCAAGGACCCCUUUAUGCUCGCAUCUCGACUGAAUAAAAUUCACUAGUCAAAAAAG